AUGGUGGGCCACCUGCACUUCCAGGGCAUGGAGGACAACCUCAAAGAGAAGAGCCGGGAGGGCUUGUUGGACAGUCCCGACUCCGGGCUGCCCCCCAGCCCCAGCCCGCCCUUCUACUCCCUGACCCCCGGGAUCAUGGACAGCCGAGCUGCGGGCAGCGGAGUCUCCGCUGAGUCCCCAGGAACCGGGCCCCGCGGGGACCCCCAGGAGACCACAGUGGCUCCUCACCUCCUCCAGGACUCUGCGGGGCUGGAGAUGAGACCCAGGCUGCACCCGGUGUUUUUUGGGGAAAGCAUUGAAGUAAACCCUGAGCCCAUGCAGGAAAUUCGCUGCAAUUCCGAGGUCAGAUUCGACUCUGAAAGACACUACCGAGAUGACAUCUUCUACAUCCCGGUCCCCACCGUCACCUCCUACAGUGAGACCAUCAUUGCCACCCCCGACUGCACGUGGCGGAACUACAAAACCCAACUGACCUUCGAGCCUCGCCAGCGGGCUCUGCGCUUCCAGAGCACCACCAUCAUCUUCCCCAAGCACCCCAGAAACACUUACCGCACCACCCUCCACUACAGCCUGGGCUGCCCCAAGCGGUGGUUUGCGUCCAGUGUCCAGCUGGAACUGUGCGAUGACCUCCCCUACCCUGAGGAGCUCUAACCUAGCUCCUGCUCAGAACCAUGGGGGGGCGGGGGUGGGGAAGGGAUAGAGAAAAGGGGGCUGAAGAUAAACUUGGCCAGGAGCCUAGUAGAGGAUGGAACAAGGAAGGCUGGCUGGGUGCGUGUGGCUGAGGGGCGGUCCUCAAAAGGGACUGUUCUUUGAGGCUGAUGGAACAACCAGGACCUGGUGCGGAGAAGCCACCACCUACCCCUGGCAUGGUAUGUUUGGUUGUAUUGAUCUCGUUUUACUUGCAGAAGAUUAAAUAAAUAUAUCUAUUUUAUUAGCAUUUUAAAUGGAGUCCAGGCACCUGGUUUGGCAGACAUGGGACAAAGGGAAUGUUCCUUUGGGGAGAUGGGAUCUGACAGCAUCUUUCUCAUCUUUGGGGUCUGGGUUUCUGUCCCUCCUGAGAGGUGAGCAUGAGUUAGGCACGUUUUAACUCCCCUAGUUUAGGCUAGUGUUCUCUUCCUCAGCACCCAAGAAGACGUGGGGAAGAGUCAGUACAAAUCCAAUGUCGACAUCAUGUUUUCUGAUAUGAGCCAAGUGGCACAAUGUGUAUUUUCAUCAAGUUGUGGAGGUAGAUAUACAGGCCUACUGAUGAACUAUCCAGCAAUUGCCUGAGGACCAUGGUACUCUACUCCAUGGGGUUUGGAUUUGAAACCUGACUCUGCCAUUCACUAUCUGUGUGACCUACGGUGAGUCACUUUUAGGGGGAGCCUCAGUUCUUUAUUUGUAAGAUGACAGGUUUGGUUUAAAUGACUUCUAAGAUCCUGCUAGCUCUGAAUUGGAACCUUCCAAACCAAGAUGUGUUGGGUGUGUUCAGGAGACAGAUGGAAAUAUUGGGGAGUUGCAAGUACAGAGACAUAAUUAAACCCACGAGAAAUUACCAGAGGAGAGUAAAGGGAGAGGAGGGUCCUGGGAGUAGCGCCAGGGUAUGCCUGUGCCCACUGUGUGGGAGGCACAUGAUGGGGCAACAAAGGAGACUGAAAAGGGGAGGUCAGACAGGCAGGAGGAGAGCCAGGGGAGACUGAUGUCAUAAAAACUAAGAGGAGAGAUGGGAUCGAGGAGGAGAGGUUGGGCAAUAGUGUCUCAAAGCUGCUCAAAGGUCAAGGAAGAUGAAGGCUGAGAAAAGACCAUCGGAUGUAACCCUGAAGGAGCCAUUGAUGACCUUGUAAAGAGCAGGUUUGAAUGCAACAAAAAACAAAUCACAGGGGCAGCUAGGUGGUGCAGUGGAUAAAGCACUGGCCCUGGAUUCAGGAGGACCUGAGUCCAGCCUCAGACACUUGACACUAGCUGUGUGACCCUAGGCAAGUCACUUAACCCCAAUUGCCUCACAAAAAAAAAAAUACAGAAAGAUAAAACAGGCUUGGUGUGGAAGUAGAGAAAGGGAGGGUAAGAAAGUGAAGGCGAUGAGUGCACACAUAUUUUUGUAGGGGUUUGACUGUGAAAGGGAGAAGGAAUAUGGGGUGAUUGCUGGAGGGGAUGACACAGUUAGGUCAAGGUUUAAGCCCAGGGGAGCCCUGGGCAUAUCCGCAGGCAGUGGGGAAGGAGGCCAUAGAUGAGAGGGACUAAUGAGGGCACACAAGCUCCCAGAGCAGAUGGAGGGGGGAGGAUGCUGUGCAGGAGGGGCGUCUGUUCAGGUCUGGACUCAGUGGGUUCUUGGGUCCUUCCCAGUUCAGAUUCUGACUCAAGGAUGCAGAGGGGAUUAGCCCAGCAAAGAGGGCCACCUCAUCCUCUGAGGCUGGAAUAGGGGAAGGGACCACGAGUGAAGAAAUAGGGGUGUCUCGAGGUAUGGUGAAUGGUGGGGAAGGUCAAAGGAGCUCAUGAUGGAUUCAAGUCAACAAGUGCCUAUUUAUUCAGUCCAAGGCACUGGCAAAGCCCUGGGGAAACUAAGAAAGGUAAAAGCCAGUCCCUGCCUUCAAGGAGCUCCCAGUCUAAUGGGAAGAAAACAGGGAAACAACUGUUUCCGUGGAAACGAGAAAUAGGAGACACUGGGGAGAAUGGGGGGGGGUAGUAGAAUUAAAAGGGGCUAGGGAAGCAAGGCUUCCCAUAGUAGGUGGAAUUUUAGCUGGGACUUGAAGAAGGUCAAGGAAGGAGGCAGAGAUGAGGGAGGAGGGCAUGCCAGGCAUGGGGAACUGCCAGGCGAAAUGCCUGGAGUCGGUAGAUGGAGUGUCUAGUAUAAGGAAAAACAAAGAGCCAGUGACAAGGCCAGGUAGCCUCAAUUUUCUCAGCUAAGUACUCUGGGUCAUCUGCUGAGAAGGGGGCUUAGAGUGACUCCACAGAGCAAAAAUACAGCUACUGUGAGAAGUGUGACUGUCGGUCAGAAAGGAAUAGGCUUGAAGUGUUAGAACUGGAAGGACCCUAGAAGCUGACCUCAUUUUACCGACGAGGAAACUGAGGCCCAGAGAUGUGACUUGCCCAAGGUCACCCAGCUAGUUAGUGUCUGAAGUGGACUACUGACUCCCCAAUGCAGCAUGCCACUCACUGAGCCAGGCUGCUUUUCUUUUCUUUUCUUUUUUUAUAUGAAUACUUAAUUUUAUUUUAAUUAAUGAAAAUCAAAUGUCUUUCUUUUCCCUCUUUGUGCCAUUCAAAAUAAUAAAAAACAAAACCCUUGUAAUA